UCUCCUCAUUCUCCUCUAUUCUCUCUUCUCUCUUCUCAUUUUCGAUCGGACUAUAUAAACCCCCACCCCCUCCUCUCCUCAUUCUCCUCUAUUCUCUCUUCUCAUUUUCGAUCGGAGCGGAGCUCGGGAAGGUGCGACAAUGGCGAUAGGAGAGGCGGAGAAGACGAAGGGGUCGUCGGGGGGGGAGAUGCUCAUCGACUUCGUCCCCGACGCGGCGGGGGUGUCGCUCGCGGAGUCGACGGGGUUCCUCAAGGCCCCCGGCGGAGCCCCGGCGAACGUCGCCGUCGCCAUCGCCAAGCUCGGCGGGAGCGCCGCGUUCAUCGGAAAGUUCGGGGACGACGAGUUCGGGCACAUGCUGGUGGAGAUCCUGCGGCAGAACGGGGUGCGGGACGAGGGGGUGCUGUUCGACAAGGACGCGCGCACGGCGCUGGCGUUCGUGACGCUGCGCAGCGACGGCGAGCGCGAGUUCAUGUUCUACCGCAACCCCAGCGCCGACAUGCUGCUGGCCGAGUCCGAGCUCAACCUCCCCCUCAUCCGCCAAGCCCGCAUCUUCCACUACGGCUCCAUCUCCCUCAUCUCCGAACCCUGCCGCUCCGCCCACCUCGCCGCCAUGCGCGCCGCCAAGGCCGCCGGCAUCCUCUGCUCCUACGACCCCAACGUCCGCCUCCCCCUCUGGCCCUCCCCCGACGCCGCCCGCUCUGGCAUCAGGUCCAUCUGGAACCAGGCCGACUUCAUCAAGGUCAGCGACGAUGAAGUUGAAUUCCUAACGCAAGGAGAUCCGCAGAGCGAGGAGAACGUGUUGUCGUUGUGGUACGAGGGGCUGAAGCUCCUCAUCGUCACUGACGGAGAGAAGGGCUGCAGAUACUUCACCAAGAGUUUCAAAGGCAGGGUUCCAGGAUUCUCCGUAAAGACGGUGGACACAACAGGAGCUGGUGAUGCCUUUGUUGGUGCCCUUCUGGUUUCCAUUGCCAAGGAUGGCUCUCUCUUCCAGAACGAAGAGAAACUGCGGGAGGCGCUGAAAUUCGCGAACGCGUGCGGCGCGAUCUGCACGACCCAGAAAGGAGCGAUCCCGGCCCUCCCGACCACCGCCACAGCCAUGGAACUCGUCUCCAAGGGCAAAUAGUGCCUCAUCAUGCAUUGUUAUAUUUUUAAUUCGCUUGCUUGAUUAUUGUUUUAAACCUGGUACUCGUGCAUUUUUAUUUUCCCUACUUAAAACUUCCAAGCAAGAACAGGAGAUUUGUGCUCUUUUAAGUUUUAAUAAGAAGAGUGUGGAUGUUGCGUUUACCCUAUGGUUUAA